UCAAUUUUAAAGCAAAAUGGCUGCAGCCCGUGUGUCGAGAAUGUACCGUCUCCAAGGGAUGCUCGUUGCCAUGGUGACAGCAGAGCUGGAUGCUGCGUCAACCACGGUGAAAGGAGGCUUAAAAUAACAAUCGUACAACACCUCUGUUGCUAUCACAUAACGGUCUGCUAAUGGGAUUUACUUAUAGAUAUUAAUAAAUGUAUAUAUUAUUAAUGGGGCUAUCCUCACCCCUCCCCCUUCCCCAUCCAUCCUCCCAGCUCCCUCCUCCUCCCCUCGUGAAGCCGUUGCGUCGAACAUGCGUGCGCGUCUGUGAACUAUCAUGGUGCCAAGGUUCCUGCAGGUGAAGUCCAACAUGAAGAGCCUUGAGCAUGAGCUACACUGCCCCAUGUGCAAGGACAUUGUCAAGCAGCCCGUGGUGCUGCCAUGCCUCCACAGCGUGUGCCUCAUGUGCGCCUGCGAGGUCCUGGUGGCCAGCGGAUACCCGCCCCCGGACCUCCCCGCCGAGCCCAACUCACCGGCUUCCACACCCAACAUGCGCUCCCCGCGGCAGCUGCGCAGGCCCACGCCGAAAGCCGAACAGCGGCCUAUCGACCGGGUUCUCCGGGCAGGUCCCCACCCGCCUUCGCCGUCCAUGCCCCGUUCACCGGGCUACUCGGGGCGACGGCGUAAGGAGGCCCCGCUCCUUUCUAUGAUGUUCCCCUGCGUGCCAUGUGGCCGCGACGUGGAACUAGGCGAGAAAGGCCUUACUGACUGUUUGCGGAACCUCACCUUGGAGCGCAUCGUAGAGAGGUACAGGCACACGGUGAGCUUAGGCAGCGUAGCCAUCAUGUGCCAGUUCUGCAAGCCGCCCCAAGCCCUAGAGGCCACCAAGGGCUGCGGUGACUGCAGGGCCAACUUCUGCAACGAGUGCUUCAAGCUCUACCACCCGUGGGGGACUCCGCGGGCUCAGCACGAACAUAUACUCCCCACCCUCAACUUCAGACCAAAGGUUUUAACUUGUACGGAGCACGACCAGGAGAAACUGCAAUUCUAUUGUAGGUCCUGUCAACGGCUGCUUUGUCCGCUCUGCAAACUGCGUCGUGUACACACGGGCCACAAAAUCCUGCCUGUGGCCCAGGCUUAUCAAGCCCUAAAGGAGAAGAUUACAAAGGAGAUGAACUACAUUCUAUCCAACCAGGACACAGUGCUGGCUCAGAUUACACAGCUGGAGAGCGCCAUCACUCAGACUGAGGUGAACAGCGUAUCGGCCCGUGAACAAUUGGCCCAAAGCAUCAGAGACCUGACGGCGGCGUUGGCCGAGCGCCACGCCUCGCUCACCCAGGCGCUGGAGGCGGCGCGCCACAAGCGUGGUGAGGCGUUGGCCGCUCAAGUGGCGGAGCGGCGAAGCUUGAUGGAGCACGCCGGCCUGGUCGCGUUUACCCAGGAGCUGCUGAAGGAGACAGACCAGCCCUGUUUCGUGCAGGCCGCUCGCCAGACGCAUAACAGGUUCAGCAAGGCGAUUGAGAACCUACAGCAUUUUACCCUAGCCGCUGAUCCAUCGUUCAGGCAUUUUCAGCUGGACGUCUCCAAAGAACUGAAACUUCUGACGGAACUCAAUUUUAUCCGAGCUCCUUUAGCCCCGGUCCUGGACACUCAGCACUCCCUGGCCUAUGACCAGCUCUACCUAAGCUGGCGCCUGCCUCCAGACUCGGCACCCGCCUGGCACUACUCUGUGGAGUACCGCCGGCGGGGAGUGGUGCCAGGGAGUGCAUCCCGGGGCGGCAACAGAGGCGGGCUCGCUGCCGCCCGCUGGGGCUGGCAGCGAUUGGACGAGGUGAGCGGAACGAGCGCCGUCAUCGAUAGGCUGGAGAUGGACAGCGUAUAUGUCAUGCGGGUGAGGGGCUGCAACAAGGCAGGCUAUGGUGACUACAGCGAGGAGGUGUAUCUGCACACCCCUCCAGCACCAGUGCUUAACUUCUACUUGGACUCUCGCUGGGGUCUCCACGCCGACCGCCUGGUGGUCAGCAAGGAGCAAAGAGCGGCCCGCAGCGUCCCCGGUCUUUCCUUGCUACAGGCUGCCGACCACGCGCUCACUUCUUGUCACCUGACAUCUGACCUCUUGGUUGGAGACGUGGCCAUCACCCAGGGGAGACACUAUUGGGCAUGCUCAGUAGAGCCUGGUUCUUAUCUCGUCAAGGUUGGUGUUGGUCUAGAGUCCAAACUGCAGGAGUGGUUUCAUCUACCGGAAGACAUGGCCAGUCCCCGAUAUGACCCAGACAGCGGUCAUGACAGUGGGGCAGAGGACGGCGUGGACUCGGCCCCCCCAUUCUGCUUCCUCACCAUGGGCAUGGGGAAGCUCUAUCUGCCCCAGCACAGCUACCACCACCACCAUAACGGCCAACGGUCAGACCCCAACGGCAACGGGCCGUCCCCACCGGUGGGUCUCACCUAUCCGUUGCCACCCCGACUGGGCGUAUGCCUCGACUUCGAGAAAGGCCGUGUGGCCUUCCACGACGCCCAUUCCCUGCGCCCCCUGUGGGAGGGUCACGUGGACUGCUCAGGCCCGGUGUGCCCGGCCUUCUGCUUCAUCGGAGGAGGGGCCCUGCAGCUCCAGGAACUGGUGGCCAACCGAGCGGCCGACCAAACGCCCGUGAGGAGGGUGACCAUUCAACAUCGAGGCGGUUCCAAUUUGAAUAAUAACUGAUCAUAGUUUAGAAUGUUUAGAAUAUUGCUUUUAGAGCAUUUCUACGGCAACAAAUAUGCAAUGUAAUUAAGUUUCUUACCUUUUUAUUUGCAAGAAUCACUGCUUUCAUUGUGUUGAAAUUAUAUACUGUACAGUGCUUAACAGAUGUAUUAGACUGCCACCCGAUCAUGUUUCUGUAGUGAUAAAUUCCUUCAGUUUUUAGACAAUUCAGACCCUGAGGCAAAUACCACUUGGUAACCUGAAAUUGAGUAGGCAUGUUUACCAUGAGGAGACCCACAAAAAAGUCUCAAGAAUGCACAAAUGACACACAAAAUGCGAUCUUGAUUUGACACGAGUUACCAUAAAACAAAAAUUUAAACUGGGAUAUCACCAGUGAAAACUCAUCAUAGAGUGCCAUUGACGGGCACCGCCUCCAAUCUCAAGGAGCCUUGCUAAAAAAGACACAGGAAGUCUACCAUUUUGGUUUGAACCGACUAUUUAAUUUAUGUUAAGCACUGUAAUGUACUGAAUCUGAUGCUUGCACAUUUAUUUACAAAGCUAACGGCGUUACAGCGCCACACCAUCCAUUUCAUGCCCCUUAAGUGUCAAAUUUGCGUGCUUUAUUUCAGUAAACCUAGACUUAAGGCGUCUAUAACAUCGCUCCGAUGGCAAGUUAUUGUUUUAAUGUGGUCAAUUAGCGGUAGAGAGGAACGACGAUGUAAUAGAUGGUCACAAAACGCUGCGGUUAUAAUUCAGGACGCGGCGUGGCUAAUCACUAGUUUGGAAGCUUGUGUUUGUACAUUCUGUAAUUUAAACACAUGAUUAGCCUCAUGUCAGCGUGUGUGUGUGUGUUUCAGUCAACAACAUAUUCCAACAGUCGUAAUCAAUGAAAAAUUUCCAACCACUUACUAUUGACACUGCUGGCUAAAAGUAUUGGCACCCCUGCAAUUUUGUCAGACAAUGCUCAAUUUCUCCCAAAAAAUGAUUUAAUUUCAUUUAAAAAAAAAUUAUUGCAAUUACAAAUGCUUUGUUAGAAAUAUCUUCAUUUAUUUUGCUUGCAAUGAAAAAAACACAGAAGAGAAUGGGGAAAAAAAUCAUUAUCAUUUUACACAAAACUCAAAAAAUGGGCCGGACAAAAGUAUUGCCACCCUUUGAAAAAUCAUGUGAUGCUUCUCUAAUUUGUGUAAUUAACAGCACCUGUUACUUGCCCGUGGCACAUAAUAGGUGGUGGCAAUAGCUAAAUCACACUUGCAGCCAGUUAAAAUGGAUUAAAGUUGACUCAACCUCUGUCCUGUGUCCUUGUGUGUACCACAUUGGUUUUCUUUCUUUUCCCCAUGCUCAAAGAACUGUCUGAGGACCUGAGAAGCAAAAUUGUGAGGAAGCAUGGGCAAUCUGAAGGCUAUAAGUCCAUCUCCAAAGACCUGAAUGUUCCUGUGUGUAAAGCCAAUGGCAUUGUGGCCAACCUCCCACGAGAGAUUUCAACAAAAGAUUGUCCUGAUAGUAGAUAAAGAACCUCGACUAACAUCCAAACAAGUUCAAGCUGUCCUGCAGUCCGAGGGUACAACAGUUUUAACCUGUACUAUCCGUCGACGUCUGAAUGAAAAGGGACUCUAAGGUAGGACACCCAGGAGGACCCCACUUCUGACCCAGGGACAUAAAAAAGCCAGGCUACAGUUUGCCAAAACUUACCUGAGAAAGCCAAAAACGUUUUGGAAGAAUAUUCUCUGGUCAGAUGAGACAAGAGUAGAGCUUUUUGGGAAAAUGCAUCAACAUAGAGUUUGCAGGAAAAAAACGAGGCCUUCAAAGAAAAGAACACGGUCCCCACAGUUAAACAGGGCAGAGGUUCCCUGAUAUUUUAAGGUUGCUUUGCUGCCUCCGGCACUGGACUGCUUGACCGUGUGUAUGGUGAAGUCUGAAGACUACCAACAAAUUUUGCAGCAUAAUGUAGGGCCCAGUGUGAGAAAGCUGGGUCUCCCUCAGAGGUCAUGGGUCUUCCAGCAGGACAAUGACCCAAAACAUACUUCAAAAAGCACAUGAAAUUGUUUGAGAGAAAGCACUGGAGAACCGACCAGCACUGAGUCCAGACCUGAAUCCUAUAGAACACCUGUGGAGAGAUCUGAAAAUGGCAGUUUGAAGCAGGCAUCCUUCAAAUCUCAGAGACCUGGAGCAGUUGGCCAAAGAAGAAUGGUCUAAAAUUCCAGCAGAAUUGUAAGAAACUCAUUGAUGGAUACCGGAAGCGGUUGUUUGCAGUUAUUUCUUUAAGUAUUAGGCAGUAUUAGUAUUAGUGAUAAUACUUUUGUCCGGCCCAAUUUUGGAGAUCUGUGUAAAAUGAUAGUGAUCUAUUUUGUUUUUCCAUUCUCUUUUUUGUUUUUUCAUUGCAAGCAAAAUAAACGAAGGUAUUAAUACCAAAACAUUUGUAAUUGCAAUCAUUUUCUGGGAGAAAUUGAGCAUUAUCUGACAGAAUUGCAGGGGUGCCAAUACUUUUGGCCAGCAAUGUAUUUACUUUUAUUGUAUUUUUAUUUAUUUAUUUUUUUUUCAAAUCUUGCUUGAUUGUAAUGUUAGCGAGCAACCUUUAAACACAACUGAAAACAGAAUACUUUUUUGGGGUUAUUUUGUUAUGUUUUCUUAGAUUUAAAAAAUCUGAAUGAUAAAUUGGUGCCUUAAGGAAUGCGUUAAAUUUGGUGUCUUGACUACACUCGUAACACCAAUCGCUUGUGUUUCUAAUCAUCUUUCCAUAUAUAAACGAACGCAAAUGACAAGAACUUUCACUUUCCCCUAUAAAAAAAAACAGCAACAUUUCUGCUCAGUUUUUGGCUUUGACAUGCUUGUACUUAGUCUGAUGCUUCAAAGUGUUUUUUUUCCUCACUCUUGAACUAAAUAAAUGGUGGCUGAACCAAAUACUGGG